AUGGCCCCUCCCUCCACCCAUCUGGCCGCCGGUGUCUUGACGUCAGAAGCCAAGGACGCAGAAUCCCACAAGGAAACCUACGAGCAGCUCGCGCAGGUGGUGUCGUCCACCUACGAGGCCGCCGCCAGCGGAAUCGUCAUGGACUUCCACCGCCACCCGGACGGCUGGUACACGGCCCUGCCGGUGAUGGUCGGCGCCCUCGUCGCGCACAGGCACUUCGAGGCGCGCGACACCGACGUGCUCGUCGCCACCAUCCCCAAGUCCGGGACUACCUGGAUCAAGGCGCUUCUCUACGCGGUGGCGCACCGCACCGUGGACAGAUCGUCUAUACUCCAGCAGCUCACCUCCCACAACUCUCACCACCUCGUGCCUUCCCUCGAGACACAGGUGUACACCAAGGAGCGGAUCCCGGACCUCGGCGUCCUCCCCGCGCCGCGGCUCUUCGGAACGCACAUCCCCGCCCAGUCGCUGCCACCAUCCGUCGCCGCCUCGGGCUGCAAGGUGGUGUACUUGAGCCGUGACCCGAAGGACUGUUUCGUGUCGUUGUGGCACUUCAUGAACAUGCUGACCCCAAUGGACAUCGACGAGGCGCUCGGCAUGUUUUGCGACGGGGUCUCGCUGUUUGGGACAUUUUGGGACCAUGUGCUGAGCUACUGGCGGUGGCACGUCGAGCGGCCCGAUCAGGUGCUCUUCCUCACCUACAAGGAGCUCACUGCUGACACGCUCGGACAGCUGCGACGCCUCGCCGAGUUCAUCGGACGCCCCUUCACGCCGGAGGAGAAAGGGACUGGGGUGGACAAGGACAUCGUGGAGGCCUGUGCCAUGAAGAACAUGGUCAAGCAGGAGGUGAACCAAACGGGGACGACCGAGAUGACCGAGAUUCCCAUGCCCAACGAGAUCUUCUUCCGACGCGGUGUGGUCGGAGACUGGUCCAACUACCUCACGCUGGAGAUGGGCCAAAAGGUCGAUGAGAUUACCAAGCACAAGUUCAAAGGAUCCGGCCUAAUGCUGCCAAAGGAAGUCUAG